GAUUUCACUAGAACCGUGGCGGACCAUGUUACCCGGAACCUUUUGUCGUUUACUGUCAGUCGUUGUCGGACAUAUUUUGAAGGUACACCGAAUAGAACAUGCAGCAGAGAAUCUAGAUGGACGACAUGCAGUCAAUGAGAGAAGAGGAGAUCCCUGCGUCUCUGGGUCGUUGCGACCUCACCCUCACCUCCUCCUCCUCGGACCCCAGAGAGCUGAUUUCUACCCUCCAGACCCUCACCUCCUCCUCGGACACCAGAGAGCUGAUUGCCACCCUCCAGACCCUCAACUCCUCCUCGGACACCAGAGAGCUAAUCUCUACCCUCCAGACCCUCAACGACCUCACGGCCGAUGUGCCGUGCGGCGCCGCCAGCGCGGAAUUUAAGAGCUCCUACUACACCCGCACUCUCCAAGUCCUGAUCAGCAGGAUAAACGUCGACUGGGUGCAGAAGCUGACGGUCGCCCAGCGCAGGGACCUGUGGGAUGGCUUGUUCUUCCAUGGUCCCCCCGAACAGGCUCUGCUGGUCCUGAUGGACGGUUUGGGGACGCUGAGCCCUAGCGCCGGGAGGGACCACCUGGUCGACAUCUUGGAGGAGUUCCUUAGGAGCGGGGGUCUGGACCGGUUACUUUGGUCCUACUGUCAGGGCCAGGGUCCGCGCGACUCCCCCCAGCUUAGAGAGGCCCUGCUGGGGCGUCUGGCGGGGCUGCCCGACCUCACGGCCAACCGGCUCCACCCCCACAACCGGGAGCUGUUCCUCCCGGAGAGAUACUGCGCCCUGCUGGCCAACGCCCUGCUCCACGCCCUCGAGAACACCUGCCAAGCGCUGAGAAACGGCUGUGACUGCUCCCUGGUGUUUGUGGCCCAGGUGCUGGGUAAAGUGUGUAUCCAUGGAAACAGUGCGCUGGUGUUCGGGCUGCUGGCGCCACGCCUUUCCCUCUGCACGCGCUCAGAUGUUGUGUGGCAGCGUGUGAGCUGGAAGCUGAUGGAGAAUGUUCCGGAACGCUGGCUCGAGCCCGUGGUCACUGGGAUGGUGCUGGCCAUUGGCAGACCUGCAGCUCUGUCCAGGGUUCUGGGGAACCUGGUGCUGAAGAACAAGAAGGCCCAGUUCCUCCUGACUCACAAGAUGCUGCUGCUGCAGUAUCACCACCCGACGGCCGUAUUGAGGACCAUCCUGGGUUACCUGGCAGCCGACAGAGAGAGAAGACCUCUGCUCAUACAAGUAUUAAGGAGUGUGUGUGAGACGUGGUCCAGCCCCAGCUCAGUGAGAAACACUCCAGUAGAACAGCAGCUCUACGUCAGCAGAGUCCUGCUGCUGUCCGCCUCGCUGCUGAAGGGAGAGGAGAUAACACUGCUACGCUCUGAGCUGCUGCAGUGCAUGCUGGGAGGCAUGCAGUCUCACCUGGACAGUGGUGUGGUGCGGCUGCGGAGGCUGGGCAUGGUGGUGGGCGAGUGUCUCAGCUCCUGUAUGGACCUUAAUGGCACCAAGCUGGCCUUUGAGUUUGAGCGAGAUGAGGAGACGGAGGAGCUCCGGUCGCUGAUGACUCCCCAGGAGGACGAGGAUUCGGAUCCCGACCCUGAGGACGGAUUAAAACCCUGUCCAGAUGUGACUCCAGUCCCCAGGGAGUCCCCAAUGCUCCCUGAGCUGGAGGAGACACCAGCAGAGCCAGACUCUGACCUGGACAGUGACGAUGACCUCACUCCCUACGACAUGUCCUGCGACCAGGAGCUGAGCAAAGCCACACCCCCUCGCUACCUGAGCGACUGCAUGGACGCCCUGCAGACCUCCUCCGACGCGGGGCACGUGGAGCUCAGUCUGAGGGCCGCCGAAGGUCUGGUGAGGAAGAACGUCUCCACCACCAGAGAGGUCAGCGUCCAGAUGGCCCGGGUCCUGCUCCACCUGGAGGACCGGUUCAGCACGCCCGGGUUCCUCUCCCUCAGACACACCACCAUGGUGGCCCUCGCUGUGACCGACCCCGCCCCUGUGGCGAAGUAUCUGACCUCCGAGUUCUACUCUCUCAACUACAGCCUCCGCCAGCGCCUGGACAUGCUGGAGGUGCUGGCCAUGUCUGCCCAGGAGCUCUCUCAACCAAUCAGAGCAGGGGAGGCUCCGAACGAGAGGGCGGCGCUGGUGGCGGAAGUCACGUCAUAUCCUGGAGACGACCCGGUCCACUGGAGACAGGUGGUGGAGAGACGGAUCCAGGGCAAGACCCGACGCAUCAGCAAGGGGGUCACACGCCCUCCGGCUAAGGGGACAGCUAACCGCUACGCCCCUGUGGCCGGACACUUCUUCUUCCCCCUGCUGCAGAACCACGACAGGCCCCAGGUGACCUUCGACCUUUUGGGCAGCGACCACCUGGUUCUUGGACGGCUCAUCCACACCCUGGGACUCCUGGUGCACCUGGCGGUCAACGCUCCGGUGGCCCCCCAGAUGGGCCGAGCACUCCUGGACUUUGUUUGGGCACUGCGUUACCACGCCGACCAGAUGGUGAGGCGUGGUGUCCUCUUCGCUGUCUGCUCCGUCUUUCUGAGCAUGCCCAGUGAGAGCCUCCUGACGGAGCUCAGCGAGACGCUGUUUGAGACCCGCGCCUGGCUAGCAGACGUGGCUGAAGCCGAUACCGAUGCCGACUGCAGGAGUCUGGCCGUUCAGAGCCUGGUUCUCCUGGAGAAGAGUCUGAAGAGACAGCUGGAGGCUCCAUGAAGCUCACGGCUUGGUCUGGAGGAUCUCUGACCCCCACCAGCCCUCCAGGAGGGAUUGGUUCGCUGAAAUGAUUUGAAGUACGGACGGUUGUAGGGUGGAGAGAACUGUGAUCCUAUUUUAGGAAGAGCUCUGCCCCAUGGAUAUAUCUUUAUUUUUUGUACAAUAAAAAACAUUUCAUAAUA